AUCACGGAGAGGAGCACCGUUCGCUCGGUGGGGGAAAAAUGACAGAGCACUCUGGAUAAAUGGCACAUUUUAAGAUGAAAUUUUUCCAGCACUGGUUGCUUUUUGUUUUGUGUCUUCCUUUAUCAAGUGUUUUAUGUUUUAGCGAGUUGUCCUUCAUCACAGAGCCCAGUGAUGUUACUGUGUUACCAAAGGACCCUGCUGUAUUGGACUGUCAGGCCCAUGGACAGCCUCCAGUCACCAUCAAGUGGCUGAGGAAUGGGGUUAAGCUGGCAGAAAGUGAGCACAUACACUUCCUGCCAAAUGGCUCCUUGUACAUACCAAAGAUAAAGCAUACCAAGGAGGAUUCAGAUGAAGGAUUCUACCAGUGCCUCUCCCAAAACAAAUUUGGAGCUAUCUUAAGCCAAAGAUCACGUUUGACUAUCGCAAGUAUCUCAGAGUUUGUGUUGCAUCCUGUGCCUGUUGUGGUGACUGUGGGAUCUGUGGCACGAUUCUCCUGUGCAGUCAUCUCAAGCCCACCUGCUACCAUAACCUGGGAGCUAAACCAAAGGACACUGCCACUGCAGACAGACAGAAUAACUGUUUUGCCAAACGGAGUUCUUCAGAUUCACAAUGUACAACUGGAGGAUGCCGGACACUAUCAAUGUGUGGCAACUAACAUUGGUAGUGUGUUGAAGAGUCGAGAGGCCACACUGACAGUCAACCUAGAUGCAGGCCCUAAACUACGUCAAAGACCCAGAAUCAUUGCUGGACCUCAAAAUGUGACAGUUUCUCUUCACCAAACGGUGGUGUUGGAGUGUGUGGCCACAGGCAAUCCCCGGCCCAUCAUCUCCUGGAGCCGUGCUGACAGUAAACCCAUUGAUGUGUACAAUGCCAAAGUGUUGGGCAAUGGAAACCUGGUUAUUACUGAUGUCAGUACCAAGCACAGCGGAGUCUACAUUUGCAGGGCCACCACCCCUGGAACCCGCAACCACACCACUGCUGCAGCCAACCUCACAGUAUUGGUGCCACCAAACAUAGUUGAGAAACCUGAGAGCCAGACCCGUCCGAGGGCAGGUACUGCCCGGUUCAUGUGCCAAGCAGAGGGAGUACCCACGCCUCACAUCACCUGGCUGAAGAAUGGAGAACAAGUUCACUUAAAUGGGAGGAUUAAGAUGUACAGCAGUAAACUGGUGAUUACGCAGAUCAUUCCUGAGGAUGAUGCCAUCUAUCAGUGUGUGGCAGAGAAUGAACAGGGAUCUGUGCUAUCCUUGGCUCGCCUUAUUGUUGUCAUGUCUGAGGACAGGCCCAGUGCUCCGAGAAAUAUCCAUGCUGAGACCAUCUCAAGCUCUGCUAUCUUACUGGCUUGGGAGAGACCUUUGUACAAUACGGACAAAGUCAUUGCCUACUCUGUCCAUUAUAUGAAGGCUGAAGGUCUAAACAACGAAGAAUACCAAGUUGUUAUUGGCAACGACACUACCAGUUACAUCAUCGAUGACCUGGAGCCAGCUCGAAACUACAGCUUUUACAUUGUAGCUUAUAUGCCAAUGGGAGCCAGUCGAAUGUCAGACCAAGUCAGUCAACAUACCCUGGAGGAUGUGCCUCUUCGUACUCCGGAGCUGAGCCUGACCAGCCAGAGCACAACAGACAUCCAGGUGAGCUGGCAGCCACUGCCAGCCAAGGUGAGCCGCGGUCGUGUGUCUGCAUAUAGACUCUCUUAUCGCACAGCUGCAGACAGCACCGUCACAUCUGUAGAGCUACUGCAGAACAGCACUGAAUACCUGCUGGAGGGGCUACAGCCUGACACCAUCUACCUGCUCCGCAUGGCCGCAGCCACCCGAGUGGGUUGGUGUGAGCCCUCAGCAUGGACAUCACACCGUACGCCUAAGACCUCCGGCAACAAAGUGCCUUCAGCCCCUAUUCUUCAACUUGAAGCUUUAAACUGCACCUCCAUUGUGGCACGCUGGCAAAGCUCCCUUGAAUCUGUGGCUAUUCAGGGCUAUCGUCUGUGUUACCAUGAGGAAGGACAACCAGAGCAGCCCGACAUCCAGCUGCAGGCUCAAACCAAUACGUACACGAUUGGUGGCCUUGAUCCACGGAAAAAGUAUCACGUCAAGAUUCUGGCUGUCAGCAAAGUUGCAGAUGGUCAUCAGAGAGACCAGACCAUCAGUACCCCAGGAUGUGUGUCGGCUAGAGACCAACUUGCAGCAGCUCCUCCACCUCCAAAUCAAGUCACUGUUUUGGACGGCAAUUCAUCUGCAGUGUCCCUGCGCUGGAGUCAUCCUCCUUUCCCCUCUGGCAAGGCUGUCAGUUAUACAGUCCGCUGUACACCUGUGGGCACUCAUAACGUCUUUGCAAUACGCUAUCUGCAAACUACGAAGCAAAGUGUGACAGUUCAGAAGUUGGAUCCAAACACUCGUUAUGAGUUUAUGGUGCGCCUUCAUGUGGACCAGAUGUCGAGUCCCUGGAGUUCUGUAGUUUACCAUCAAACCCUCCCAGCAGCACCAAGCCAACCUCCUGCAGGAGUGCGAGUAACUCUGAUUGAGGAAGACACCGCUCUGGUGUCCUGGAGGGAGCCCACUGAGUCCAACGUGGUGAUUACACGCUAUACCAUCCUGUAUGCUUCACAAAAAGACUGGAUUGCUGGACACUGGCAAAAAGUCCAGAGAGAGGGGAGUCAUACGAUGGCCUUGCUGGAGAAGCUGGAGCCAGGAAAUGUCUACCUUGUAAAAAUAGCUGCCUCCAGUGAGGUGGGUGAAGGUCCUUUCUCUGAGAUCGUGGAGCUGGCACCGAAGCGAGGAAACGUCCACCGAAGCAAAAAUCCCAGACACUCUGACUGGUUUCCAGAUAGUACAGUAUUCUCUGAUGGUCUCUACCACAUAGACCAGAGGUCUAUGACGGGGAUCAUCGUUGGUGUGAGCAUCGCUUUGACCUGUAUAAUUACAUGUGCUUUGAUUCUGAUCAGUAAGGGGAAACAAAGAAAAUCUUCCAGUCAUAAAGUCAUUGCUGUAGGAGCUCCUGAAGGUCCACGUUCUGGUUUUCCCAGUGAACGGCAUUCGGAGAAUAUUGAGGCCCUUAUACCCAUGAUGAGUGAUCACUUCAUAGAUGCUAAGGGUGGAUCUAGUAUCAUCAUAAAUGGUACGGGUCCAGUCAGCAGCAAGAAGUGGCUGCUUUUCAACAGAGAAAUCAGAAAUCCAGCUGACAGCGAUAUCGAAACCAGAGCCAGCUUGUACGAAGCUGGCAAAACUGUUCUGAGAUACGAGGAGCAUCUCGGCUCAGCGCCCUUGCCACCUUCAUCACGGGAGAUCAUCUACGGACCUCUUCGCUCAGAGAGCUCUCACACCAGCGAGGGCAGCCAAGAGACGGGUGACUCUGGACACUACUCCAAUGAAGAAAGCAACGAAGAGAUGAGCAGCCCGUCGAGCAGCCGAAGCUCUAGGCCUGAAUCUUUAGGGCCAGACGACGGCAUCGCAGUCUUGGAGCUGAAGCAGUCGUUCAAAGUGGAAAAAGAGGUUGAUGCUCCCUUGCUUUGCGGCAUCUCAGAGGCUCAUGUGGUCUCCAAUACUUGUCAAGCAGCCAGCUGCUAACAUCAUCAGGCCUGCAUCUGCUCUCCCAACAGCCAGAGUCAUGCCACUUCUACCUCAUCCGCUUCCUGAUUGGAAGCCCUUUAGAUAUCUCCUGGGAAACGAGGGAUCAGGAAUCCUGCUGCUGCAAAGGAAGAUGUGUGCGUUUGCUUUGGACUUACCUCAGGAUUUUGUAUGAACAUUUGUCCUAACAUUUUUAUUUCCAUUUUUUUUAAAACAACUUCCUACCUGUAUUUCUGUGUUUGGCAUGGUCUGUCCUAAACCAAAACUCACCCACGAUGAAUGUCAAAAAAGAGAAUGUCAGAAAUGUACUGCGGUGCAUUUUCAUUAUAUUUAACUACUUUCCACUGGAGCGGAGGAUGUAGUUGAGCCUUUUUAGACUGAUUAUCUACCUCAGUGUUCUAUUCUUUAUAUACAUUACUACCUCCUUUUGUUUUUAACCACCUAUUGUGCAGUAUUAUCUCUGACUCAGGGGACAAAGUGAAAACACUUCAUCACCACGUCUUGUUACCGUGUUCAAAAGUUAUCGCAUAGUUUUUGUUUUCAUGGUUGAAAGGGCUUUCGUUACAUGUUGUUUGUCUUUGAAUCCUGUAUGUUGUGAAGAGGAAAAGUGCAUUCAGUUUUUUUUCAAACCUUGUAGAGCUUUAUCAAACAGUAUUGUUUGGCAUUUCCAGUGCACUGAACUUCAAGCUUUAAUAAUGCCUUAACGUCAAAGGGCUUUGCGUACUUUAGAUGAUGACAUCCAAAGACGGGAAAAGUUAUACCCAAAGAGUUUUUGAUACUACAGAAGAUAUUCUAAGGCAGCCAAAAACUUAGUAGAUUUACAUUAAGGGUGUGCUUGCCCAAAUUUUGUUUGUGCCAGUGAUGUAAAUUUCCCUUUAGAACGCUGAUUUUCCUCUGUGUAAAUUUUAUUAAUGCUUUAUUCUGGUGAAAGCUUUAGCACGAGUCUCCGGGGCUUGUUUCAUUUGCCUUCUAGACCAUUGCUGAGUGCAGCGGUGAUGCCAAUGCUAUUAUCCAAAGAGUUGUCUGCUUCCUCAGAUGGGUACAGCCUUUUUUCUUUUAUUCAGUCGAUCCUUGGUACGAAAAUGUUGAUGCCAAGACCAAAGAUCCAGCGUCCCAGUGACAGAUGAUGAGGUUUAUAUUUUUCAGAGAAUCAUCUGUCACCUUUCACAAAUAUUGCCGUAUGGGAAAGACUUCUCUUUCUCUCUCCAUAAUGUUUCCUGUCCAGGUGCGACAAUGAAGGAUUUUGACUAUCAUAAUGGAAACCCUAUGUGUGAAGAGCAACAUAAUCAAUUUUUGAUACCUUUCUAAAACAAAUAAUGCUAACCAAAGAAUAUUGAUGUGUAUUAUUUAGUAAUUUUCUUUGGUUUUCAUUUACAUUAUAUACAUUAUUUGCAUUUAAAUGUGAUAAUAUCUGUGGGUUUGGUUGCUGAAAAGGCAUUUUACAUAGGGUUUUUCUGUUUUGUUUUGUUUUAAGCUUGAGAUGUCAAAAAACAGUGCUUAUCACCAAAAAAUGUUUUUACCUGAGUAAUAUGUUUAAAUAGUUUAGAUGACCCAUUUUAUAAUAAUGUCAAGAAAAACAUUUCCUAAUUUUAAUGUGACAUUUUUCAAAUUACGGUCAGUUUAAAGUUUCUCUGUGAAAUGCUUUAAUAUGAAAGAUUGCGUUGUAAGCCACUGAUAAUUUUGCAGACUUCAUUCAGGUUCAGAGUGUAGAUUUUAGGGUGUAGAUGUAUUUGUUAUUAUUUAAGUUAUGUUUUGUUUUUUGAAAUAUUUCUGCUUUUAAAUACCAAAUUACAUGUUUGAUCCAAAGAGAGCAACAAAACAAAGAAUUGAAUGUGUUAAAAUGUUCCAAAAAGCCUUUUUUUGAUACUCUCAAGAUGAUCACAC